GGCCCGGCCGUGGGGAUCGACCUCGGCACCACCUAUUCCUGUGUGGCCAUCUGCCACAAGGGCAAAGUGGACAUCAUCGCCAGCAGCUACGGCAAUCGAACCACCCCCAGCUGCGUGGCUUUCACGGACAGGGACCGCCUCGUGGGAGAAGCGGCAGAGGCGCAGAGGGGCCUCAACCCAGAGAACACGGUCUUUGGCGCCAAGCGGCUGAUUGGGCGUAAGUACGACGACCCUGCGGUGCAGAGCAGUAUGAACCACUGGCCCUUCCAAGUGGUCAGAGCUGGGGAGAAGGUCCAAGUGCAGGUGUCGUACAGAGGGGUGGAGAAGGCCCUUUAUCCCGAGGAGAUCUCGGCCAUGGUGCUGACCAGGCUGAAGCAGGUGGCCGAGGCCUACUUGGGCCGCCCAGUCUCUCAGGCGGUCAUCACCGUCCCGGCCUACUUCAACGACGCCCAGCGCCAGGCCACCAUCGACGCCGCGGCAAUUGCGGGGCUCAAGGUGCUGCGUCUGAUCAACGAGCCCAGCGCGGCCGCCAUCGCCUACGGCCUGAACGCCGGCACCCACUGGAAAGCCAAGAGAAACAUCCUCGUCUUCGAUCUCGGCGGGGGGGCGUUUGACGUGUCCGUCCUCUCCGUCCACGAUGGCGUCUUCGAAGUGAUGGCCACCACGGGAGAUACCCAGCUGGGGGGAGAGGAUUUCGACCGACGGCUGCUGGACCACCUCGUGCUGGAGUUCAAGAAGAAGCACAAAGAGGACAUCGGCCAGAGCGACAAGGCCCUGCAGAGGCUGAAGGUGGCGUGUGAAACGGCCAAGCGCGCCUUGACGUCCAACGUGAGGGCCACCGUCUCGGUCGACUCCCUCUACAAGGGAGUGGAUUUCUCCGUCACGAUCACCCGGGCCUGCUUCGAAGACCUGUGCGCCGACCUCUUCCAGGCCACUGUGGAGCACGUGAAGAGGGCGCUGGAGGAUGCCCGGAUCAAGAAGACCCAGGUCCACGACAUCGUCCUCGUGGGAGGCUCCACUCGCAUCCCCAUGAUCCAGAACCUUCUGUCGAAAUUCUUUGACGGGGCGGAGCUCUGCAAGAGCAUCAACCCCGAGGAAGCGGUGGCGCACGGCGCAGCCAUCCAAGCAGCCAUCUUGACCGGCCACAGGUACCAGAACCUGGAGAAUCUUCUUCUCUUGGACGUGACCCCAAUUUCUCUAGGACUGGAGACCGUCGGGGGUGUGAUGGACGUCGUGGUCAAGCGCAACUCCCCCAUCCCCACCAAGGAGACCAGAAACUUCUCCACCACCGAGGACAACCAAACCAGCCUUUUCUUGCAAGUCUACGAAGGGGAGCGAACGCUGACCAAGCACAACCAUCUCCUGGGAACGGUCACCCUGAGCGGCCUCCAGUCCGCUCCCCGUUGCAUGCCGGUCAUCGUGGUCACCUUUGCCAUCGACCACAACAAUAUCCUCACCGUCUCCGCUAUGGAGAGGAGCACCGGCAACAGCAAUCAGCUGGUCAUCGCAGACACCCGCGGGCGGCUGGACAGAGAAGAGAUGGAGCGCAUCCUGCAAGAGGAGGAAGAAUACAGGGAGCAGGAGAAGGCGGAGCAGGAGAAGAUGGAAGCCCUGAAUUCGCUGGAGUCCUCCACUUUCCAGCUCAAGAGGGCUGCCGAGCAAGGGAAGUCGCUAGACGAUCGAGCCAAGAGGAGGGUGCUGGAGAUGUGCGAGGAGACCGCCCAGUGGCUGGAGGAAAACCGGCUGGCCCCCAAGAAGGAGUACGAGGAGAGGAAGAGGGAGCUGGAAGACGUGUGCUACUCCAUCAUCACGCAUUUGUGGCAGAGUGGGGGUUCAAACCCGAGUCUCCAAAAUCCCAGUCCAGCCCCCCAGCCACUACACCACAUUGGGAAGCUGGGGAGACAGAUGGCGCUGCGUGGGGUGCCAGCUCUGGGUCGGGGAGUUCCUGGAGGAUUUGGGGGUGGAGCCUGAGGA